AUGAAUCGUCCAUCGGAUGAGGCCUCGCCGAAGCGCAAGAAGCGUCGAGGGCGCCGCAAGUCCAAGGCGGAGCGACUGGCGCGUUUAAAUCCCGUGUCUUCUUCUACAGAUGAUCUAGUCAAAUUGCUGAAAGGAACAUCCAGCCGCGAGUGGGACACAGCGCAGAGUCUCGCGCACCAGAUCGGGACUGCAGAGGCUCGAGCCACGGUCGUCCGCGUGAUUUUAUCGGGGCGCGAGGCCCCCCGAGCCGCAGCGCACUAUGCGAAGCGGCUGAAUUUGCGAGGUGAAGAGCUACUGAACGCAAUUUCGGCUGGUUCGACGAUUUCUCCAGCGCCACUACUGCUGGCUCAGUUCCUGGUGGAAUUGGAUGAAGACUCCCUGGUGACUGGAGAGAAGCUGGAGCGGUUUCUGUGGCCAUGGUUGUUGCAAACGAUGGAGAAAAAAGAGGAUAAAGCGGCCGUGAAGGCGGCCGUGCAUUUGAUGCUUCAUCCGACAGCGUCAAAUGAUACAAAGCUGCAGGACAAGAGGGAACGAGGACGGAAACUGGAACGAGCAUUGGUGACAAAGUGUCUGCUGACAGGAAAGCUACUACAUCUCGUGCCAACUCAUUCGCGAGCGUUUGUUGACCAGAUAAGUGUCGGUUCUUCAAUAGGUUUUGCUGAGGAGAAAGACGGCCCAAGUGGUUGUGAAGCUAUGGUGGAGGAGCUGCAGCGUCGACAGCAAGUCGCUCGUCGUGUGCAGAACGUUCUUCGUCUUAUGUGGCCGGAUGCACGCGUUCUGGUAUUCGGAUCUUCAGUCACUGGCCUUUUGUCCUGUUCUGACGAAGAAGAGUUGAAUCCCGCCGACGUGGACCUCUGCGCGUUACUGCCGUCCGCUCCUCACUUCCGCCAAGAAACAGCCUCUCUGAUCACCGAAGUGAAGGAGCAUUUAACUCUUUACCUUCUGCCUGAUGCGACCGAAGACGCUGAGCCUGUGACCGCUGUGACGGGGGCUCGCGUUCCCAUUGUGCACUUCCAGGAUCCAUCAACAAACUUACCUUGUGACCUUUGCGUGAACAACGUCCCUGCGUUGUGGAAUACAAGACUACUGCGGUGGCUGUUGUAUGGUGGCGCUGAUGUCACUCCAACAAAGCGAAGACAACUUCUACAUGUUCGGCGAUUAUGUAAGUGGCUGCGUAAUUGGCGUCAAGCCAAGAAACGUGUCGCAAGCGGCGCAUUGAGUUCGUAUGGACUCACACUGCUGGCUAUCUACUAUCUUCAGCGUGUUAGUAUCCUGCCAGUUCUAGACUGCAGUGCGUACGCUGUUGAAGACGAGUCCGCUCUUCGUGCUUUGACUGAAGAAGAAAUCGACAGGGGGCUCGAAGCUGUUGACAAGACGUACGUCAUCGAACAAGCUGGUGGUGUGCAAGAUUGGGAGGCACUUCGACGUGGGUUUUUCCGCUUCUACACUUGCGAGUUCGACUACGAACACACUGUUGUUUGCCUACGAAGGAAAGAAGUCAUGUCAAAGACUAGCAAGAGCUGGUCUCGACAAAACAACGUCCGACUCUGCCUGGAAGACCCUGUCGAAACCGAACACGAUCUUGGCUUGCUAUGUUCCAGACGCGCCCUCGGUCGCCUGCGAUGUGCCUUUGUUCACGCUUGUGUCAUAUUGAGCAAAAAGGAGGAAGGCUGCGAUGCGUCUGUAGACCAGGAGGUGGAGGCAGAUCUAAUGGCCUCCUGGGCUUAUGAAAACGAUAACGUUCUAGAAGAAGCUGCAGGAGAUAGCCAUGAGACGUUGAGCUAG